AUGGUUUCUGUAACGUUGUGGCAGGUGUUUCUAUGUUGUUUACUAGCCGGACUAAGUAUCUGCUGGUUUAACACAGUCUGCUUUGUGCUCUGCAUCAGAAACUUCCCUGCCAACAGAUCACUUGCGCUUUCUCUCACAGUCAGCUUCAAUGGCGUUAGUGCUGCCUUAUACACUCUUGCUUACAACGCAAUCAACCCUAUCUCCACACAGCUAUACCUUCUCUUAAACGCCCUUAUUCCUCUCAUCGUCUCCUUCGCUGCUCUCAUCCCUAUUAUUCGCCAACCGCCUCUUGAGCCUCUCCCACCAGACGGAGUUCGUAGAGACUCUUUCAUGUUUCUCUUGCUCAACAUAUUAGCGGUUUUGAACGGGGUUUAUCUGCUUCUCUUUGGUUCAAAGACUUCUGGUGUAACCUCAGCUCGUCUCCUCUUUGGUGGAUCGAUUCUUCUCUUGAUUCUCCCUUUAUGCCUUCCCGGUUUAGUCUACGCUCGUAACUGGUAUCUGCACAAAGUCCACUCCAGUUUCCGUUUAGAAGGUUCCGGUUUCAUUCUCGUUGAUGUCGAUGAGCUUGAGAUACAUAAAGGAAUGGUCACACGUGAAGCUAGCUUCGACGGCUAUCAGUUGCUGAACGAUGAUAUAGUACUGCGAACAGCCAUUACUCCUGUUCAGAAGAGUUUCAUUGAAGAUAACAACAGCAGAUCUUGUUGCAGUAAGCUCAUUACAAGAAACCAACUUGGAAUGCUUGGAGAAGAACAUCCUCUGUUUAUGCUAUUGUGCAGAUCAGACUUCUGGCUUUACUAUAUAGCUUAUUUUUGCGGUGGCACGAUUGGACUUGUCUAUAGCAACAACCUUGGACAGAUUGCACAAUCUUUAGGACAAAGCUCUGAGACAACAACUCUUGUCACGCUUUAUUCGUCUUUCUCAUUCUUUGGUCGGUUGCUUUCAGCAACACCUGACUAUAUCAGAGCGAAGUUUUAUUUCGCUAGAACCGGGUGGCUAGCCGUCGCUCUUUUCCCAACCACAGUUGCUCUUUUCUUGCUGGCAUCAUCAGGGAGUUUGUCAGCGUUACAAGCAGGAACAGCUCUAAUCGGUCUAAGCUCGGGUUUCAUUUUCGCAGCAGCUGUUUCCAUAACGUCUGAGCUCUUUGGACCAAACAGCGUCGGGGUUAACCACAACAUCCUCAUCACAAACAUACCGAUAGGAUCCUUGGUCUACGGUUUCUUAGCUGCUUUGGUCUAUGAAUCCCAUAGCACCGCUGGGUCAAAGACCGGGUCGGUUAUAUGUAUGGGGCGAGACUGUUAUUUCCUAACGUUUGUGUGGUGGGGAUGCUUGUCGGUGAUUGGGCUAGCUUCAAGUGUUGUCUUGUUUCUGAGAACUAGAAGAGCCUAUCAACGUUUUGAACAAGAUCGGAUAGCUUCAAGCAUGCUCUAUUCUUGAAAAUUUGAACUUCAAUCGUGUUAUAUUGAGAGAAAAGCUGAGGACAAAAACUUGUGCAGAGCUUUGUUAGUGCACAUAAGU